AUGAAUCUUCUCCGAACGGCGACGACGAAAUUGUACAACAAAGUCGUCUCUCCUUCGAACGAAGAAGAAGACGACGAGGAUAAAAACAACGGUCCGUUAGACGAAGCGUUGUCGUCUGGUGCCGGUCGCGGUGGAGGUGAUGGUGGCGUUGCUUCUGCUUCAUCGUCCUCGUCGUCCUUUAUGAUGCGCAAUAAAUUCGAGAGGAAGAAGAGCGCUUUAAUAUUUAACGAGAAAAAACCAUCAAACGUCGCCAAAGAGGACGAAGACGUGAAAGACGUGAUGUUUGACGAGACGUUAGCGAAUGAACUCAUGCUGUCGAAACUGUGGAAAGAGGUCGAGGUAAAAGCAAACGAUGGUGAUGCUGCGACGACCAGGGACGCUUUUCUGCGUUUGCUCGUCGCCGACGCGCGGAAGCGUUGGGACGCGAAGAAGAUCGUGGACAAAGUGGAAACGCCGAGCGGGAUAAUCGCCGUCGGUGUUGGUCGGUGUGGGCACCCGAGGAAGGUUUUGGAGUUUGUUUUUGAAGAAUUAAUGCGCGCGAAAGAGAAGUUUUCUAGACAGCUGGAGGUGUUUAGUAGCAGCAAUGAAGAAUUAGAUGGAGAGCCAGAGGAGGAUGUAAAUUCUGGACGCGCGGCGAUUCGAGCGGCGGCGAGGAUGUGUGCGAGCGAACGGAACCGGAGAAUAUUUUUAGAGAUAGGUUCAGAGAGUAGUUAUAGUAGAAGCAUACUUGAAGAAAUGAGCGCGAUUGGAAAGUUUGCGGCGGGUAAGUUGCGAGGAAUAUCCGUGAACGAGGUGGACGCCGAGCACGCGAGUGGAGUCGUGAAUGCGUUGUUUGAGGUAUGUGUGGCGGGUUGCGAGGCGAUUCUAUGGUAUUCAGAUCCCGAUGGAACCAGAUGGGAAGAAAGAAAACAUGCACCAAACGAUGCAUUUACUACGGUACCAACGCGUUACGCCAAACUUUUGUUUGAAUCGAACGCGAUGAGUGCAUUGGUGGAAGUCAUGAAGGCUGCUCGUAUAGCGCGCGCUAGGUUUUCUGGAGGUCUUAGUAGUAGUGAACAUUCAGCUACGGCAUCAUCGCUAUCGAUCCCCGACGAUCAAAUGAAAAUAAUUGCGACGAGUUUAGCGUGCGAAUUCGUAGCUCUGCGUGCGAUUGGAUGUGCGGUGAUGGGUGAUGAGAACAUGGUCUCGUCCGCGAAUACGAACGGCGCGUUGGAUGUCGUUCUCGAAGGGACCGGGCGCAUGCCCACAAACUUAUUAGAAGCAACUGUUGGAAGCUCGUUAUCGUUGCAAACAUCGCUUUUGAACAGUUUUGGCUCUCUUUCGCUUGCUUCCUCAACUGUGUCUAGGGCAAUCUCGAGAAAGUCCGCUCGCGCCUCAGAAGCGAAAGAUCGAGCAGUUGCCGGGGCCCUCGCGGUAGCCGUCACGUGUAGCGCAAUCGAAGAUGACAAUGAUGCCAACGUCAUCAUGGAUUCCGCUUUCACUGCAGCCGCUGCUUUCAUAACGAAGUCUGAAUCGGAUGAAGUAGCAUCGCAGAUUGUAAACAUAGGUUCGUCAGCACAGUCUUUAUCUAUUUCAAAGAAGAGCGCUUUGAAAUUGCGCGCGGGUUUGGCGAGAUUCGUGAUAGACGCCUUCAAUCGUCAUAGCACAGGAGAAGAAGAAGAAAAUGAGGAAAAAAAUGAUGCUAUCAUAUCAAAUGAAAAUCGCGAAAUUAUCAUCGAUGCCAUCAUCGAUGCUAAAGUGUGGGAGACUUUGUUAAACUCCGAAACAUUCGGUGAAGUUCCUAAAAUCGAUGGCGGCGGGGAGAGCAACAAAGAGGAAGACGAAGAAACGCAUCUCGCGCGCGAGGAAGCGAUAUUAUUAGUUGGCUUAGCACUCGAUAACAAGAGGCCAGGAGAUGAAAACGCAUUGCAGCAUAUUCUAUCCGCCUUUUGUCAACGCGUCUUUCAUCCUUCCGCGUGCGAAGCCUUAGCCGGAGCUUUACUGCGCAUAGUGUAUAGAAACAAUCCUAGAGAUUGCAGAGCUUUGGUUGAACUCGAAGCUCCGAAUAGAAUAGCAGCGGCAGUACAUAGUCAAGUGAGAGUGUGGAUGUGUCCACCAAAUAUGUUUGUCUUUGGGGAUACCGAGGAAACAGAGAAAAACGACGCAAAGACAAAGUGUGCGCGAGCGUGUGCGGAGUUAUUGCAAGCUUUAGCAAAAGAGACCGAAGACCCUGCGCUUCGUCUCGCCUCAGCGCGGUCUCCGUCACUCUUGAGCGUAUUAUUCGACGAUUUUUUGUGGGUAAACGGUGAGUCUUUGGAGUUUGCUUCAAGUUUGGCGACGUAUAUUGCCGUGGAACAAACGCGAACGGCGGAUUCGGAGCUAUUCUUUGACAUCGAUGCCUUUUUCCUUUGGAUCAAAGCGUUUUUUCAAGCGUUACCAAAAGCACGCAUUUUUGAUAGAGAAAGUGAUAAUGGUGAAAGCGGUGGUGUUUUGAUCCCUCUUUUGAAAUCUAUUCGGAAUAUUGCCAAGAGAACGCCUCGGGCCAGCGUGCGCAAAUGCCAAAAUUGGGCAACUAUUGAGAACGGCGCUUUAUUUCUCACGUUGGCAUCACUCUGCGACGGCGAAUCCGGUGAGGUGGUUGCCUCUACCGCGCUCGAAACGAUUCAUUACGCAAUUAAAACUAGUACCGAUGCCGCGCAGACGUUUGAACAAUGCGUAGGGUACGACGCCUUGAUUGAAGCCAUGAGAAUUAACGAAAGAGGCAAAAGUUCGUUCGCGAGUGAAGUGACGCUUAUGACCUCAAUUCGAUUCGCGUGUGACGACGAUAAUAUCGAUGAAAAAAGCUCUUCGCGUGCGUGUAAGAUAACCUUGAGAAACCCGGGUGCGCUGCGAAUCGCGUUCUCAAUCGCUCGGAACAGCGAGCGGUGUUCAAAAUCCUCUCAGCUGUUUCUGUUGCGGUUCCUUGUCGAUUUACUCGAGAGAUCCGUCGCCUCUCGAGAGUGCGCGACGAAAGCGGAUGCGCUCACGCACCUUUUCGAAUGGUGGUGUAAUUAUAAUUUGGAUGACAAAGCUGGCGAUGUACACGAUACCAUCAUUCACGAUGCCAAAUGCGUCGAAAACAUUGCCAAGUGCAUCGAAUCUUGCGCUUCUCACUGUCUCACCGCGCUACAACUCCGACACGCGAUGAAAACAUUGAAAAAGCUUCGCUCGUCCGAAUAUAAAAGGUUACUUAUUGAUGCGUUGAAACGCGCGGCAAUUAACGAUGCGCCUCGAACUUUCUUCGAUUUCGCUGGUGGCGCUUCUGGAGGGGUUCGCGUGAAGAAAAAAAUUGCGGAGUGUUCAAACGGUGUCACAAUUUCGAUGUGGAUACGCGCAGAAAUUGAAGACGAAACCAAUGAAGGCAAUGCGUCGGCGGAUCAAGGAAUCUUUAGUCUCCUCACAGAAGCUGGUGUUGGUUUAUGUUGCUCGUUGCGUCCAGAUGGAUCUCUGAAACUCUCGUCGCUUUUACCCAACGGUGAAAGGCACGAUUGUUCGUUUUACGACACGUCGUGCCCAAUUAUACCAGGGAAGUGGACGCAUGUGUGCGUAUCCGUCAAAGGUGGUGGUCUUAUUCUUGGUGGUAGAAAUGCGAGCGCGUCGAGCGCAAACGCGCGAAUCUGCGUAGAUGGUAACGAAUCUUACCCGCAAAAGUUGAAGUAUCCUUGGAACCGAGCAAAUGUGGCAACGAGCGUCGCGCAGAGUAUCGCAAAUACAGCUAUAGGGGAUCCGAUUUUGCCAAACUCUUCCUACGAUGGCAAUAAAGGCACAGUUUCUUUGCACAUCGGGGCCGCUGCUGGUAUAGCGAACUUCGCAAAACCUUUCACGGGGCAGUUUGCAACAUUUCGAGUUUUCUCCGAGGCGGUGGAUUUCAGCGCGGCGCUCCUUCUCUACGCUUUAGGAGCGGAGUACGUCGGAGCGUUCAUGCCAACCGAAGCCGAACCUUCCAUAUUACUCCUUCGUAGGGGUAUAUCAAUGACAGCUGCGAGAGAUGUUUUCGAGAAGAGUUUGCGAACGAGCUUGAAAAUGACUAUUGAUGCGACUGCGGCGACUGGGAACAUGCGCACUCGCAUAAACCUGAAUGUGUCUAAAGGCGAGUCAGAAAACAAUGACGAUGACGAACUUUGCGCGAGAGUUUGCAGCACAACGUCAGCUGCAGAUGUCUGCCGGUCGCUCGGCGGAGCUGAACAACUCAUCCCCGAGCUUUUAGAGCAGCAAAAAGACGAUACCGACGAUUUGAAAGUGCUUCCGGCGGCUGUUUCGCUCAUCGCGGCUUUGCUUUCGGAUGGGGGAUACCCACUUCGCGCGCGAGAGAAAAUCAUCGCUCUAACCGCACAUUCAAUAACUCCAAAUCGACUCUCUAAAGAGCUUAUUCCAGCGUUUGAUUGGUUAGCGAAAAGUUGCGCAGGUCAACAACCUCGUGUAAAAAACGGCGCGGUGCAGACACCCGAGUGGUUGGCGGCGUUAGGGGAUGCUCGAUCUGAAAUAUUCAAUCCCAUAAAAUGGGCCAGAUCGACGUGCAAGGACGCGCGCGCAGAGUAUGUUGACUUUUUGAGAAGUAAUUGCUCAAACGCGGAGCUUUUACGAGUUUUACCUGUUCGACGAAUCGUUCGAUCGCUGGAAAAGUUUUGCCCGGCUGAGGACGACGCCUUUCGCAAAGGGUUGUUUGAAAUCCUCGAGAACAUCCUGAUGGACGAAACCAUUGAUAUCGACGGUGUUUAUUGCAUAGACGCAAUCGAAUCUUUAUGUGCGGCGGCUUCACGAUCAGAUGCGCACGACGGUUUCUUAGUCGAUUGUCUCGCUUUUCUUCGACGCGCGUCCAAGACGCACCGCUUUUGUUUCGAGCUUGUUUCAAAUUGCGGAGGAUUUGCUAUAGCGCUUGCACCGAUGUUGUUACCGAGUACGACACCGUCGUUUUCGAGUAAACAAAACUCGAAUUCGGCCAUGGCAGCACGGAUACUCCAUUUGGCGUUUUCGCUUCCUGAAACGGCAUCCCCAAUCGAGUUAGCACUCGAUGAGAACGCCGGUGAUGCGGACAAUGACGGCGAAGGAAAGAAUCCUUCUCCGCGCGGUCACACGAAGGCGAUGGAAAAUAUUAGGAACGCAUUGAAAAGCCUCGCGUUGAAAGCAACGCCGUCGAGUAAGAAUUCCUCCUCGGCAGCGGAGAAGGAUUUCGGCACGAGCAAAUCUGAACGUAGAAUGGAUGUUGCCGCAGCGAAUGGCGCAAUCGAUGCGCUCGGAGAAGCCUUGUUCGGAAAGAGUAAUGAAACCAUCGUCAAUGACGAUUCGAGUCAGAUCCGGGAAGCUCUCGUCGAGUUAGCCAUCGACGGCGACGAUGUCAACGUAAAAAUCAAACAUCCGAAAGCGUUCGCGUAUUUUCUUCGCGUGACGAAAAGCUGCAACAUCGAAAAGUAUGCACACGCUAAGCUGCUCUUAUCGAGUUUACUAGAGAGUCACGGGAACAACGCGAAGGCGCUCUCGCAAUGUAAAGUCAAUAUUUCAAAGUGUUUAAAUGCCGCGAAUGAUCCGGAAGACGCUCGCAUAUUAAAUCUCAUUCCGGAUGCCGCAUCUAAAGAGAAAAAGGAACUGCCGAUGAAAGAAGAUGCCGACCAGAUGGAAGAUGACGAUUGGGAAGACGUAUCUGCGCCUCCCGCGUUUGCGAUUCAAAUUACACAAGUCGAAGCGAACAUUGCUAAGUGUGACAAGCGAAUAGCGGACGAACAGUUUGCCGUGGAAGAGAGUGAAGGUUCGUUACGUCGUCUUUUAUUUGGUUUAAAAUCGAGAUGGCAAAAAGCACAAGACCAGGUAUUUGCAAGUGAUGCGUCGACGGUGGGUGAUCAUCUCGGCGACGAUGGAUUUUAUGUACUCGAUUGCGAAAAAGAAGAUUCUGUUGGACGCCGUUUACGAGUAAGAAGGGAUAGAAUGGAUGCGUUGACGCGGCAACUUUCGAAGAACAACACUUUAGUGAAUGCCGCCGUAGCCUCGAAAGGCAGCGGCGUUGAAGCGCAAGAGGAAAAUUUGCCGAUUUUGCAAUCCGCCGCGAAGCAAUGGAAAGACAAAAUCGAUGCAAGCGCCUCGACAGUAAAACCAUCGCCCUCGGGAAACAAUACAAUCAACGAAGACGCGGACCUCGACGGCGAUCUCACCGAAUCCGAUGAAGAUGAAGAAACGAUGCAAAAAGAGCUCGAAAUGCUUCGUGAAGUAGACGCGAACGAAAAGUCCAAGCUUCUCGACAAACAGAAAACAGCCGAGUGGCUGCAUUCCAAAGCUGACGAAGCGAAACGCGACAAACACAUCUUUUUUACCGUUUCGAACGUGUGCAUGGUGUCGUCUUCAGAUUUAGUUAUCGAAGGUACUCUAGAUGUUGCGAAAGACGUGGUCUUCUUUACCGCUAACCGCGAUGCGGCGUUGGAUUCUAUCGACGACGAUAAAGAGAACAUAGUAAGUCGUUUUUGGAAGUGGCCCGUGAAUACCAUUGUAGAACUAGUCCACAUGCGAUGGCGUUUGCGUAAUGUAGCCAUUGAAAUGUACACAAAAGAUGGUCGCUCGGUCUUUUUCGCCUUUGCGAACAAGAAACUGAGAGUUGAAGCGUCGGUGAAAAUCGCUUCACUCGAUGCCUCCAUCGUCAUUCUUGACCGACGACAAAAAAAUCGCACGGCGCAACUGAUGCAAAAGAGAUGGAAAGAGCGCGAAAUAUCCACCUUUGAUUACUUGAUCGCUUUGAAUAAACUCGCUGGACGAACAUAUCACGAUUUAUCGCAAUAUCCAGUGUUCCCGUGGAUCUUGAGCGAUUACGAGUCGGCGACGAUUAAUCUCGAGGAUCCGAAAGUUUAUCGAGAUUUAUCGUUACCCAUAGGUGCUUUAAACCCAGUGCGUUUGAAACAGUUCAUCGAGCGCUUUAAACAGCUUGAGAGUGACCCUGAUGCGUCUAUGCCUGCCUUUCAUUACGGCUCGCACUACUCAUCUGCAGCGGUUGUCUUGUACUUUUUGAUUCGAUUGGAACCAUUUACGAAUUUAUCGAGGCAAUUACAAGGCGGUAAGUUUGACCACUCGGAUAGAUUAUUCUCCGAUAUUUCGCAAACCUGGAACGCGGUCCUUGAAUCUACCGCAGACGUGAAAGAGUUGAUCCCGGAGUUUUUCUACCUUCCGGAGUUUCUCGAAAAUAGCAACUCGAACGUGUUUGGGAAGCGACAAGACGGCUCCUUAGUCGAUACUGUCGUGCUCCCGAAAUGGGCCAAUGGUAGCACGCGGACAUUUAUUCAAACUAUGCGAGAUGCGUUAGAAUCCGACCAUGUUUCGCAUACCAUUCACGACUGGAUUGAUUUGGUCUUUGGCGCGUCGCAACUAGGCGCUCGCGCAAAAUCGAAGAAGAAUGUGUUUUAUUAUUUAACGUACGAAGGUGCGGUUGAUUUAGACGCAAUUGAAGAUCCACAGGAACGCUUGGCGAUUGAAACGCAAAUCGUUAACUUUGGCCAAACGCCCGCGCAGGUGUUUAAACGACCACAUCCAAGAAGAAUUCCAAGAUUGCGAAGGAAACGCGAGGCGUACGCUUCCGUAUACGGAGCCUGCUUGAGAGUCUUCAACGGCGAAGAAGAUACCGACGACGAAAACGACGAUAGGUUCUCCGAACCGUUGAAAUUACAAGGUAUAUUCCAAGACGCGCAAUUUGACGGCGCCGCCAUUGUCCAACUAUCUUACGACCGCGAUAAACUCGUGGCGGUUUCCUCGAAUCGUAAAAUUUGGACCGCGAGAGUCGUUCGCGAAGGCCAUAAACUCGAUUUCGACUUCCAAGACCAAAACGCGAGAGUCUCUUUGGAACCAAUUAACUCGGCGAACAGCAGCACGAAAGACCAACCGUGCAGAUCUAUCGCGAGAGAAGCAAAAGUUCGUGAACAAAUUAUCGGUGGCGCUCGAAUGCGUACGAAAGGCGAUCGAUCGUUUGAGGGUGAAAUUCCGCUCAGUGCGAACGGGGUUACAACUCUCGAUGGCGGCCGAGUCGCCGUUGUGUCUGGUUUUUGGGACGGAACGAUACGUGCAUACGCUGGCGAUGAAUUAUGCGGGGAAAUCGCCUGCUCGAAAGGCCACAGAGACAUUGUCGAGUGUUUGGCGAUGGACUUACUGCCGCACCCAUCGAAACCGUGGAGAUUAGAUUUUGCCACGGAUGGGGGACACACGUUUUCUGGAGGGAGCAUAUCUGCGGUACAACACCGCGUGUUUGCACCAAACGUGAACAAAUCGAACAUGAAAUAUGGGUAUUUAGUUUCCGGCGGCGCAGACGCCUCCGUCGGAGUCUGGGAAAUCGUAAGCACGCCAAACGGUUUCGGAUUACCUGUGCUGCCCAAACUGCAAAAGUUCGGGCACUCAGACGCCAUCGUCUCCGUAUCUGUCAACGCGUCGCUCGAUAUCGUCGUCAGUGGAUCACUCGACGGAACUUGUCUUUUGCACGACUUGAACGGCAUCGGGUCUGGCGGCUCCUCGAACUCAAACACGAACAAAGGCGAUCGAAAGUUGAACGAUUUCUUCGAGGAGGAACUUUUGAGUGACGCGGUACCGUUACCAUCGCCGUCGGAUGAUAUCGACGGGAAGUAUAAAGAAAAAGUAUGCGUCCCAGUUUGGUGUUCGAUCGCGUUCUCCACGGCGAAGAUAUUUGUCUUUUGGUCGAUCGAGCAUCACGCGAACGCAACCACCGGCGUCGCUCAUCCUCCCAACGGCGGCGUCCUACGUUCCUACUCCACCAACGGCGCCCUCAUCUCCUCCCUCGACGUCUCCCGAAAAGAUGCCAUAACCUCCUUCUCCUUAUCCUCGGACGAAAAAUGUAUCUUUCUCGCCACCGCCAACGGUUUCGUCAGAGUCGUCGACGCCAAACAAACAGGACUCCAGGUCUUGCACUCGCUGAGAGCGUUUUCGAGCUUUAAAAUCACCUCGGUGUGUGACGUCGGUAACUUGCUCUUUGCCGGUUUAGAAGACGGGAAGUUGUGCGUGUGGACGUAA